AAUCACAAAUCGAAAAUCGGCAGCUACAACGACGGUUAAAGAGCUGAGCUGCUUACAAAGCACCGCAUUAAGCGGCAACCGCAACAACAACAGCAACAACAACAACAGGAACAAGAAGAACCACAACGAUGCACUUGUAUGUGGCAAUGUGGGUUUGUGGCACGCUGCUGGCGCUGCUGUUGGCCUUCCAACAGCGCAAAUGUUGGCGCCUCAUCUGGCAGCUGAACGGCUGGAGGGGAGUGGCACAGCAGCCCCUGCUCUGGUUCCUGAUCUGCAUCAAUUUGCAUCCGAACAGCAUUCUGGAUAAGGUGACGCGCCUGCGGGUAAUCUUCCAGCGACCAUUGGCGAUAUUGAUCGGGACUCGGGCGCUGCUCUAUAUAGACGAUCCGGCCGGCAUUGAGUGCAUAUUGAAUGCGCCCGAGUGCCUCGACAAGACCUUCAUGCAGGAUGGUUUCUUUGCCAGACGCGGCCUGCUCCAUGCACGGGGUCAAAAGUGGAAGCUGCGUCGCAAACAACUGAAUCCGGCAUUCAAUCACAAUAUCGUUGUCAGUUUCUUUGAUGUAUUCAAUGCGGUUGGCAAUCAGAUGGUUGAGCAAUUUGCCACCCAAUCCCAUUUGCAUGGCCAGUCGGUUAAGUUCAAGGACGCCGAGGAUUUGCUCAGUCGCGCCGUCCUGGAGGUAUCCUGCCUCACCAUUAUGGGAACACCGACGAAUUUUACGCAAGCAGAUGACGCCCACAUCGCCACCACCUACAAGCGGCUGUUCGAAAUCUCGGCUAUUAAAACUGUGAAGCCCUGGCUGCAAAUCGAUUUGUUGCAUCGUCUAUUGGCACCACAGCUUUAUGCGGAGGCGGAGGCGUGCAACCAGCUGCUUGUGGACUUUGUGGCACAGAUUGUGCAGCGCAAGCAUCGCAAUUGGCAACUGCGCCAAUCCAUCGACGAUGACGAGGAUACGCCGUGGCAGCGUCGCAUAUUCAUCGAACAGAUGUUCCGACUGGCCGCCAAUGGUGAACUAACGCUCCAGGACAUCGAGGAUGAGGCACAGUCCAUGGUUUUAGUGUCCUUUGAGACCGUUUCGAAUAGCAUAAUGAUUGCACUGCUGUGUCUGGCGACCAACAAGGGCGACUGCCAGCGGAGGCUGCGAGCGGAAAUUGAGAGCGUCUUGCCGCACGGCAACGAUGCCAGCUAUGUGGGAGUGGAGCAGCUGCAGCAGCUGCGCUACCUGGAUGCCUUUGUCAAUGAGGCGCUGCGACUGCUGGCAACGGUGCCGAUGAAUUUGCGGCAUGUCAGCCGAGAUUUUCAGUUGGCCGGCAGGGUGGCGAUUGUGCCACAGAAUACGAUCAUUGUGCUCGAUACGUUCAACAUGCAACGCGACGAGAGAUGGUGGGGCGAGAGGGCCACACAGUUUGAUCCUCAACGUUUCAUGCAGGAACCGGAACAAGAACAGGACCAGCAGCACGACCAGCAGAAAGCAAAGGGGAAUGAAAAAGCAAAUGAGCAGAAUGGAGAGCAGCCAGAAGCAGCCCACUUCAAAUAUUCACAGCGCCGACACUCUUACAGUUUUGUACCCUUUUCGAAAGGGUUGCGCACCUGCAUCGGUCGUCGCUAUAGCUUCUUCAUCAUGAAGGUGUUCCUGGUCAAGCUGUUGGCCACCUUUGAUUUCAAAAGCGAUUUCCAAUUGGAGCAGCUUCAAUUCGUUGAGGGCAUCUCGCUCAAGUUCCGCAACGCCGACGAUAUACUCCUUCAAAUACAGCCACACAAGAACACCUAAUUUAAUUAUUCAUUUUUAUAAUCUUGAACUUAGUUAAUCCAUUGUGAAUAUGUUUUUUUUUAUUUGGGUUUUUUUUUUAAUAGCUUUUAAUUUGUCAAAAGAACUUCAUAGAUAUUCGAAAAGAAAUGAAAUAAAAGACUUAAAACACACA